CUCGUCUUCCUCGUACCAUUUGCUUCGUUCCCAAACCCCGAUCCAGAACCCAAACCCCGACGAUCCAGCGCGAUGAGCCCUUGCCACAGUCGCCACGCGCCGCCGCCGCCGAAGCUGUACGACGAGCUCAUCCUCGAGGUCUUCCUCCGCAUCCGGCCCGACCGGCCGGAAUGCCUCGUCCGCGCCUCCUGCGUCAGCAAGCAGUGGCGCCGCGUCCUCUCCAGCGCCGCCUUCCGCCUCCGCUACAUCGACUUCCACCGCACGCCCCCCAUGCUGGGCUUCUUCUACAAGGAAUCGCUGGAGCUCGAAUCGGAGGAAAUCGAAGAAGUCUGCACCGUCCGCUUCGUCCCCACCACAGCCUUCAGCCUCCGCUACAUAGACUUCGACCGCACGCCCCAGGGCUUCUUCUACGAGGAGUCGCCGGAGCUCGAAUUGGAGGAACUCGAAGAAGUCUGUCCCGUCCGCUUCGUCCCCACCACAGCCUUCCGCCUGCCCAGUAACCCACGCCUCGGUUGGUCCCUGAUCGACGCCCACCACGGCCGUGUGCUCUUCUAUGAUCUUAGGUACCGCGCCAUGGUCGUCUGGGAUCCCAUCACCACGGACUGCCGCCACGUGCCCGUGCCCUUGUUAUACUCUCAGAACCAUUAUGCGGUGCUCUGCGCCACGGCCGGCUGCAACCACCGCAGCCGCAGCGGCGGUCCCUUCAUUGUGGUUCUCGUGGGAAAGGACAAAGGAGUGAGCUAUGCCCAUGUCUACUCGUCCGAGUCCGAGGGUUGUUAUGUCUGGGGGAGGGCCGUGGCCUCCAUCGAGCACCCAGAUUCCGCCGCCGAUUUCUCACCGGGGCGCAGCGUUCUUGUGGAAAACAUACUCUACAUUCCAUUGGGAACCAAAAUCAUGGGGUACGACACGGCCAACCAGCAACUAGGGGUGAUCAACACGCCAUCUGGGUACAAGGGGCUUGGUGCCCUCAUGACGGCGGAAGAUGGCAUGCAGGGCAAGCUGGGGCUUGCCGUCGUGCAAGAGUCCCAGGUACACCUAUGGUUCAGGCCGGUCGGACUUAACGAAGCUAUUGCGUGGAAAAAAGACAGAGUCAUUGACCUUGAGACUCUGCUCCCUAUUCGUGGCCUCACGACUAACCCAAAUGUGGUUGGCUCUGCGGAUGGCGUUGCUGUUAUUUUCAUAAGCACAGACGUGGGAUUGUUCACAAUUGAGCUCAAGUCAGAUCGAGUCCAGAAGUUAUCUAGCACGGCUGUCAAACAUCCUGUCAUGCCCUACACAAGCUUCUGUACUCUAGGUACUGAAGUGGAUGAUGCGGCAUGAAGACUGUCACCGCCAUGAGGGUGUGGGGACAUCCCUCAACAUGAACCUGGCAUUGUUGGCUGGGUUCAAAGUGGGUGCUUUCAGUAUUUUGUUUUCAGUUGGCCUGUUUAAUUAGGAAGAAAGUCAUCAUGGUCAAUGCUGGUAUGUUUUCUUUUUCCGAUGGGAAAAAGGCUUAUGUAACCGCUGUCAAUGACUCAAUAUAUUUAUCAUUGUUUCCUGCCGGGAAUCCUUUAGUAAGACAUAAUGGUCAAUUGGUACUGCCUGAACUAUAUGUAAGACAUGAUGGUCAGUUUGUAUUGUUUCUUGUUGAAUUGUCCGAGACUGUGGCCUGAAAA